UGCGAGGGGCUUAGAGAGAGAUCUAGCUAGCUUGGCCGUAUUGUACACUGUACACACACUGCGACUUUGCGAGGCAAUAUGUUUGGCUGUUGGAUUCACCCGUGUGUGAAAUAAUUAGUGUGGAUAUUAUGAUAGGCCUAGAUCUAGAUCUAGAUGGUGUAUUAUUUGUGUAGAUCUAGAAUCUAGUCUUUCAAGGAUCCUGUCGUGAAAGAAUUGUGUGUUGCUGAGAUCUGGAGUCAAAUCAACAUGGCAGAUGGGGUGAAUCCUGAGUCCUCUAAUGCCAGCAGCAUAUCAUUUGACCAUCUCUACCAGGCUAUCUUACAGUGCUUUGUUAUCAUUCUGUUUGGGUAUGUCGCUGGCCGGGCAAGUCUUAUUUCUGCAGUGCAGAGCACAGGCAUCGGGACAUUUGUAUCGAAAUUUUGCUUACCAGCCUUACUCUUCAAGAACAUGUGUGAGCUCCAGUUUUCAGAGGUGAACUGGAUGUUUCUUGUUGGAAUACUGAUAGCUAAAGUCUCUGUGUUCAUACUUAUUGCCCUGGUCACUCUGUUGGUCAAACGUCCGCUGAAUUUAGGAUAUGCUGGGAUUUUUGGCAUAUUUGGGACACAGAGCAAUGACUUUGCCCUGGGCUAUCCCAUUGUUCAAGCUCUGUAUGGGGAGACUCAUCCUGAGUAUCUGAAGUAUAUCUACCUCGCGGCUCCCAUCUCUUUGGUGCUUCUCAACCCUAUUGGCUUCACACUUAUGGAGGUCCAUAGACAUCGUACUGUGAGGGAAGAAUCUCAAGGCUCAGGAAUAGGCACAGCAAUCCUACAUGUCCUUAGAGGGGUCGUUUUGAACCCCAUUGUAUUCAUGACUGCUGUCGGAGUGGCUGGCAACUUUGUAUUUUCAGGCACAGUUCCUGAAGUUUUGGAUAACUUUCUGACCGUCCUGGGCCAGGCUUAUAAUGCCUCUGCUUUGUUUUACCUGGGCCUCAGCAUGGUGGGCAAAGUGAAAAGUCAGCUGGGUAUAGGCCUUGUUGUUCCGGUCCUUCUCAUCACUGCCAAAACGUUAAUUUUGCCUCUCAUUACAUGGGAGGUUGUUGGAUGGCUAGAGCCAAAUAGCAAUACCACAACGUUCAGCAUGUAUGGCUUCCUCUACGGAACAUUCCCAUCUGCUCCAUCUGUCUUCUUGUAUGCAAGUGAUUAUGGGGUUGCUCAGGAUGUGGUUGCCACUGGUUUAGUGUUGGGUACGUUUCUAUCGGCACCUCUUAUGUUUGUGUCGGCCAAAAUGAUGACCCUCAUGGUGGAGACUGGUAUGGAUUACAAGGAUCAACUGACCAGUGCCUCCUUUGACGUCAGCAUAAUUAGCAUCAUUUGUUGUGUUUGGGUUACAGGUGUUUUUGUUGCGAGUGGGAAAUGGAGACGAAUCCCUCAUAAGUUCACAAUAUGUUUGAUGUUUUCUCAUGUGAUUUCAUGUGUGGGUAUGAUAGCAUUCUAUGCAAACACAAACAGUGAGAGCUGGCAUCACUACCCAAUCACAGUUACCCUCCUGGUGGGAGUGUUCGCUUCGCGCUGCUGGACAGCGGUCAUUGCCCUGGUCAUGUGUCUGCUUCACGUACGCAGCUUAUGCUUUGUUCUUAAAAUGCAGAUCUGGUUCUAUUUUGCUGGAUUUGGCAUCCCGAUUUUCAUCACAGGAGUAUUAUUUAUGGUGGGGUCACACAGAGUUGCUGGUGAAAUUGAUCCAUCAUUUCACUAUGGGUCACUUCAGACUGGUUUCUCUCUCGCCAUUUUGAUGUUGACUGUGACCAUCACCAUAACGUCUCUGGUGGUGUGGCAGAGGGCAGAACGAAGCCACUUACAUUGCAGUGCAGACUAUGCCGGUCUUCAUGAGGAGCAAAACAUUUCUGGGAGCAGUGAGCGCCUGGCAGCCUCAGAGUGUGACCAAGGGGCUGGUGUUGAUGAAUCUCAUCGUGAAUUCAAGGAUCUGACAAAUGUGACAAGCCGUUCAGAUGCUGCCAGGUCAGCAAAAAACUACCAGACCUACAAUAAGCGACCGUCUUUGAAGAAAGCAUCAAGUAUUGAAGAUAUAAUUCCUAGCCCAGGAGCACAAAUGAGCAAUGGCAAUGACUCUGAGUCCCAUCUGGAGGUGCUGGAAAAUGUCUCAGAGCGAACAUGUUUGCUGGGUCAGUGCAGCAGUGAACAGCGGCAUGAGUGUAUGGACAGGCUGCGAACCUAUACAGCUACCACACUUAUCAACGGGGACUCCCCUCAGGAAGAGGAGGCGAAGACAAUGCAGGAGAUGAACAAAGAGGAGUACCAGACGGCUCAUCACCUUGUUAUGUUGUUGUUGCUGCUGUUGUCUAUGUUUAUUGGUCUCUUUUUGUGUAUUUGGAGAAUAUUUGAGAGCCGGCCAUCUGGGAUUUAUGUAGAGAUAGAGUUCCUUGACAGUGUAUUUAAUUUUGGACAGGGUUUCCUGAUACUCACAGUAUUUGGUUUUGACACAAGACUAGUGUUUUCUCCCCUCAUCAGAAGACGAAUGUCUAAGUAUAGGUUUUUCUACACACUCUAUGUUAGACUGAGACGUUUGAUGUUUGGUGCUGAGGUCUUGCACUUACCGAAGAUGACAGAGCUGGACUCGGUCACAAGACAGACUUGCCAGCAGUUCACAGAUUACCACAAGGAGAACUGUUCUAGGGACAUUGUCAAGGAAAGAAAAUUUCGGUUUAGAACGUUCAAGGGUGUCUUCACUGGUGCUGCAUUAUGUGAUUGGCUGAUACGGAUUGGUUUAGCGGAUGACCGUGAUAGUGCUAUUGCAUAUGGGCGACGCCUGAUACUGGGCCGUGUGAUCACACACAUCAACAGUGAACAGCAGUUCCAUGACGCGCCUUACUUUUACAAGUUUUUGGACACAUUUGAGUAUAUGACUUGCUAACAGGGUUUUUUGUUGUUUUAUUUUGUUUUUAAAGAAAAUGGUAUGUUUUGCCACUAAUGGUUAGGGGAAUCAAUGUUGCAGGUCCUGAUGAGGAGCAUGGCUGAGUCUUUGCUUUUUAUCAAAAUUGUAAAAGGAAAUCCUCUCAGCAACUUUUUUCAUUUUCCUAAAUUAUGUUUUUCUGAGCCCCAGUCUUAUUUUUUCUUGACACUGCGAUCACAAACAUCGAUAUU